AUGCUAUCACACACGCAGAUCAAUCUUUUCCAGGUCUUUGGGGGUCAGUAUACAUCAGUAUACUUUAGAUAUCCAGGGUCAUGGGUGACGAAACCCCCAUGUAUUUUACGUGGAGACUCUUUUCUUCGAGAACAACAGGAGAGGAACAAGAAGCUAAGCUUUGAAGAUGUUCUGAAGGCUGCGAAAGGAAAGCUGCAGGCCUUGCAGAGCAACGGCACGCAGCUGCAGCCGCCUGAUAGACCUCUUUCGACACCUGUCCGUGCACAGAGCACUCAGAAAGGAUCUUCCCCUGUGAGCGUGGCUUCUACCCCAGUACAUGAGACUCAGAAGACACCUCAACAGGCCACGCCUUUUGCCGAUAACAAGUCCAUGGGCGCUUUGACUGCUUCUCUUGGACGGAUGUGCAAGCCUAAGCCAGGCUCAGGGAAGCUUGAGGUCAGCCCAGAGAUCCACAAACAGUGGGCAGCUGGUGGCAAAAGUAGAAAAGCUUUACUUGACAUCCUAGUGAAAUGCAACGGCGACAAGGAGAAGCGUAUCCGUGCAGCCGUGGCUUACUGCACGGCCAAACAUCGGGUCAAAACCUUCGUGAGGAAGGACAAGUACGAUGGCACCCAUGAAUAUUGGGUGGACGUUGAAACUACCGGUUCGUAUGAGAAUGAAGCGGAGGAGAUUUUCACGGACACCACAGCAGUGGUGGGCGAAGGGUCUUCUAAGAUAGACUUAGGUUUGUCACCGCUGGUCCCAGCAGCCUGCGGGGAUCCAGAGGUUGGUGGAGGGGAUCAGGAUUCCAGUGACGAUGAUGAUGACGAAGGUGAUGGCACAGCCGUGGACAACAUCGGCAUUGUCGUGUCCAACGUCCUCAAAUCGCAGUCAAAGCUCGAGGGGCUCAAGGCAAAGCUGUCUGAUGUUGGGACGCCUGAAGGUAAAGAGUUACUUGUUCAAAGUUCAGAUUGGCAGUGGCUUUACAUGAUAUAUAUAUAUAUAUAUAUAUUAUAUAUAUUAUACAUAUUAUAUACAUAUCAAAGUUUAUGGAUAUGCUGUGGUGUAUACGUAUACGUGCAUUGGUAUGCAUUUCAGUCUUCAAGAUCAUGUUUCACAUCUAAACUGCAGUAUAUGUUUUGCAUGACUGCUUAUACAUCAAAUUUGUUGUAG